AUGGAUUCAUAUAAUGAACAACUUCUACAAGAAGCUCUUGAACAAGCUCAAACAGAAGAUUUUAGUCGAACAUUACUCAUUAUUGCUCAUCGUCUUUCAACUAUUCGUUCAUGUGAUUUGAUUUGUGUACUUGAUAGAGGACAUAUAAUGGAAAGUGGUAUUCAUACAGAAAUGACACGCGAACGUGGAGUUUAUUAUUAA